GACACCAGGGGGACAGAUGACACAGAGGAGGCGGUUUGUCUCACCCCCUGUUUUGUGUGUGUUCUUGUUUUCAGUUCAACAAUGUGCCAACAGCGAUGCACACCAGGCACCUGGAGGUGAGGCUGGCUCCUGUUGGAUUAUUCAAAGGAAAGAUGAUUUACGGAGCUCCAGGAGACAGAGUUCCUUCUCCAGUGAACGUCCACAACUCAGAAAAGAGGAAACAUGAGAGCCAGCAGGAUGAUGAGAGGCCUUACGUCCCGAAGCCACCCAACGCCUUCAUGCUUUUCAUGAAGGAGCAGAGGCCGAACGUUCUGGCCACCCACAAAUCCACUGACUCUGCCACUGUCAGCAUGAUCAUUGGAAGGAAGUGGAGGGCGCUGUCAGAAAACAAGCGGGAUAAAUAUUAUAAAGAAGCAAAGAGGCUGAAGCAGCUUCACAACCAGCUCUACCCGGAUUGGUCAGAAAAGGAAAAUUAUGGCCAAAAGCAGAAAAGGUUCAGGAAGAGCGGCCCCAGAGACGACUGAAGGAAGCAUCUUCCUCACUGCAUGAUGAAUCCAUAGGACACUUCUAACUGAGCAGUUGGAGCCCUCCUCCCCUCACUGUACAUAUUCCCCUGAUGACUCAUCCUCUUUUUAUUACCUUUUAAUGUUCAUAUUUUAUAUCUCUGUGCAUCUUAAUAAAAAAUGAA